AUAUAGCUAUAAACAAAGACAAGUCAAAUCGAUGAAAAUAAAGAAGCACUAUUGUUACAUUCGGCUGAUAUUUUCGUUUAGCUGGUUGCAGGAGAAGACAGAAACCUGAGGCCUAAAGAAUUCCAUAAUCCCUUACACCAUAAUUCGUUAGAAUGAAACUUCCAAUUAUAUACAAGUCAAAAACCAGAACAUGCCCUUUGCUGCUAUUCGACAAACUAAAAGAAAAACACAUACACACACACACCAGAGAGAUUAAAUUAACUUUGCCACCGACAGGGCAGCAUUGGAUACUUUAUAUGCUGACCGUUCUCAUGGUUUAUAACAUAAACUUAUAAGUUGUGAUUAAGGCAAAUCUGCAGGAAGAAUUUGACGCCUAAAAUGGCAGACCGCGAACCAUGCAACAAGAAGCUCGAAGGCAAGGUAGCCAUAAUCACUGGUGGUGCAAGCGGUAUUGGUGAGGCCACAGCGCAGCUCUUCGCUGACCAUGGUGCACGUGCCAUUGUGAUCGCGGACAUCCAAGAUGAGAAGGGUGAAAAACUUGCUGCAUCAAUCGGCCAGAAUCGUUGCGCCUGUACCUACGUUCACUGCGAUGUAACAAAGGAGCAAGAUGUUGAAUCCCUCGUCCAAUCCACAAUCCAACUGUAUGGCAGGCUAGACAUCUUGUUUUGCAAUGCAGGCGUUAUGAGCAAAUCCCAGCAAACAAUCCUCGAUUUGGACUUAUCAUCCUACGAAAAGCUGUUUGCUAUCAACGUAGGUGGGGUGGCAGCUAGUGUCAAGCAUGCAGGGCGGGCCAUGGUGGAGGGGAACACAAAAGGAAGCAUCAUUUGCACAGCAAGUGUUGCUGCUAGAAUUGGGAGUGACACGCAUACAGACUAUGUUAUGUCAAAGAACGCGGUGUUAGCGUUGAUGAGGUGCGCCAGUACCCAGUUGGGUGCGCAUGGAGUACGCGUUAACUGUGUUUCGCCAGGCCCUGUGGCAACACCUUUGCUCUGUGAGGCUUUCCGGAUGGGGGUGGAGGAGGUGGAAACGAGAUUUGCGGGGUCCUAUUGCUUGAUAAAUAAUGGGGUUUUGAAGGUCAAACAUGUGGCUGAUGCUGUGCUGUUUCUUGCUUGUGAGGAGUCUCAGUUUAUUACUGGCCAUAACUUGGCUGUAGAUGGUGGGUUUAGACUUUCCUAACUUAAUUGUAUGGAACAAUUUUUCCUUUUUCCUUUUUUUUUUUUGAAAGUUAACAAAUUUUCCUUUUUCAGGAUAAAUAAAUAGACUGUGUUCAAUUAGCCUUUCAUGUACUUCGAAAAAUAAAAAUGUAAAUAUACUUUACAUAAGAAUUGUGAUCUGUAAUAAUUAUGGAAAUCCUCACUGUAUUAAAUCAUUACUCCUA